AAUAAAAAAAAAUUGCGACACUUAUGCUAAUCACAUCACGCACACUAAAACAACAUUAUCAAGGACAUAGAACAAACGCGAUUUACCAACCUCGUUAAUUUUACAGGUAAUGUUAUAUUAUAAGCCAUUAAAUAAUUAUACUAAAUCAGUAUGGCAACAUAACAGGAAAAUAAGGCAAGAAAGUGAAAAGGAACUCAGUCGCCGCGCGGCUGUUACUUCCGAUUUCCCAAGCCUAGCGCGCGGACGCAUCGCUUUAAAAAAAAAAAGAUCUUUUAUAGUCCGUAGUCCGGACGGUCCGACCGCGCGAAAACCAACAAACUCACCCUCAUAAAAAACCUAAAAUGGAACGUUGAACAGUGAUGUGUUGUGAAAACCGAACCAAUGGAUACGAAAUUAAAAAUAAAAAUUUCAAAAUUAGAAGAAGAAACAGUGCAAUGGGUUUCAAGGUGUUUUUGUUGUUCGCGAUCAUGGGUGUUGUGUGUGCUGAAAUAGAAAAUGAUGUGUUGACGCUGCAAGACGAUUUGGACAUUAAGGACGAGGAAAUAAAGUCGGAAAGGAGACGGCCGGCGAAUGAACAGGAGAAGGAUAUCUUAAUGUUGGAUGCUUUGGGACGAAGAAAAGGGUCAUACCAUAGUUCGUAUGGCGCGUCGCAAGAGGAUGACUCCAUUAUGGAUUUGUUGGGGAAAAUGAUCCCGCAAACAUGCCGCUACCGAGGCUCCCGGUACCCCUGCGGCCUAAGCAUAUCCUGCGUCCUAGGGGGCGGAAAACCCAUGGACCUCUGCUCUGGAGGCAUGAUAUGGGCCUGCUGCGUAGAUAGGGAGACGACUGAACGACCUGCGGAGGUCGCUCCUACGAUACAUAAUGCCAGUGACCUAAUCGAACUCAUCGGAACAUUCCCCCACGAAAUCGACUACCAGAACACAAACCAGUUCGAGGACCCCGUCAUCGUGUACACAGACCACCACAAACCCCACAGACCCGACAAAUGGGACACCCAAAAACCCUGGGACACCCAAAAACCCGACAAAUGGGACCAAAAACCCUGGGACACAGAAAAACCGUGGGACACAGACCAAAACCACUAUUUUCACGUGAAGCCGUCAUAUCAUGAGAGUACGACGAAACCGUACGAUUUUGGUGAUGAUGAUUAUGUGCCUGUAGUGACGAAUGAACACACGAGACCUAGUUAUCCGGGUUGCGGCGAACAUUUCACACGCUCCAACCGGAUCGUCGGCGGGCACUCUACGGGUUUCGGGUCGCACCCGUGGCAAGCGGCCCUCAUCAAGUCGGGUUUCCUCAGUAAGAAGCUGGCGUGUGGAGGCGCCCUUAUUUCGGACCGAUGGGUCAUCACUGCGGCGCAUUGUGUUGCUACCACACCGAACUCCCAGCUCCGCGUCCGUCUCGGCGAGUGGGACGUCCGGGAUUCCGGGGAACGUUAUUCGCACGAAGAGUUCGCAGUGCAGAGGAAGGAGGUGCACCCGUCGUACGAGCCUGCCGACUUUAGGAACGACGUGGCGCUAGUGCAGUUGGACAGGGGCGUCGUGUUCAAGCAGCACAUAUUACCAGUGUGUCUACCUCAGAAGCAAAUCAAGUUAGCCGGCAAGAUGGCGACCGUGGCUGGCUGGGGCCGAACGAGGCACGGACAAAGCACGGUACCUUCAGUAUUACAGGAAGUGGACGUAGAAGUGAUCCCCAACGAGCGCUGCCAGCGCUGGUUCCGCGCCGCCGGUCGUCGAGAGACCAUCCAUGAUGUGUUUCUUUGCGCAGGAUAUAAAGAGGGCGGCCGUGACUCCUGUCAAGGCGACUCCGGCGGUCCACUCACCAUGAAGAUGGACGGGCGGAGCACGCUCAUCGGCCUCGUGUCGUGGGGUAUCGGCUGCGGCCGCGAGCACCUUCCGGGUGUAUACACUAACAUACAGAAGUUUGUGCCGUGGAUCGACAAGCUUAUAACACCUUAGGAGGUCAAAAACCCGAGAAGAAAAAUCACACCUUAGAUGGUGUAAAAAACCCGAGACAAAACAAUGGAUAGAACUUGGAUUAACAAACUGCUAACAGCUUAAAAACUAUCAGAUAAACUGUUAAAGUAAAAACCCGAGAGAAAAUAUAUGAAAACAAAAAACCCGAGAAGAAAAAAUUAUUACAACUUGGAUUGACGAUUGACGAAUUGUUAACAGCUUAAAAACUACCAAGCAAACUGUUAAAUCAAAAACCCGAAAGGAAGAAAUAUGAAAACAUAAACCCGAGAUGACAAUAUGCCCGAAACUACUGCUCAGCGGCUUUAAACCGUGAAAAUACCUUGACGAGACAAUAUUCAAAUUUAGAAAAGCAGUGAAAGCAAAAACCCGAGAGACUAGUAAUUUCCUACUAGCACAGGUUUUUAUCACCGGAUUCACGUUGUUUAAAAAAACACUGAAAUAGACGCAAUAACCUCAUAGUUUCAUUUGUCCCGGUAACUUAACACGAAUUUUGACAACUAACAAUGUUUAAUAUAUAAAGGG